CCUGAAUAAACACAAAACUGAAAGUAUUUAUGGAAGAGUACGGAAGUGAAGAAUAAAAACAGCUAGCAUUGCAAGAAGGACAUGUUGUAAAAUCAUCUUCGAGCAGCCAAACAUAAUGUGAUCAUGGGUACUAAAUUCUUAACAUCUACUCAGGGUUCCUCUAUGCAGUCCAUGCUCAGAGUUGUGCUCUUCGGAAACACUGGUGCUGACAAGAACAAUGUAAUAAAAUCAAUGCUAAUCGGUGAGAAUCUGACAGGAGAGAAAAAUGGUCUAUGUACUUUAUACAAGAGUGAACGAGCAGGAAGGAGGAUCAGCGUCGUGGAAGCACCAGGAUGGCACGGACACUCACAACAAACACCAGAGAACAUAAAAGAAGAAAUUACCAGAAGCGUGCUGCUUUGUCCUCCAGGACCUCACGCUCUGCUUCUGGUCAUACCAGUGAAAACUCUCUCUGAAGAGCCUUCUGUAGGUGAAAUGAAUGCAGCAGAGAUGCACAUGGAGUUACUGUCAGAGCGCGUCUGGAAACACACCAUCGUGCGGUUUGCUUGUGAUGAAGGAGUGGAGGAACCCACAAUCAGAAAACACGUCCAGAGCGCAGAGAAAAUCCUGGAAAAGUGUGGAGGACGAUCGCAUGUUCUUCAGACGAGUGCUUGUGGAUCUCAAACUCAGACCAGUGAGCUCUUUCAGAAGAUAGACAGCCUGGUGGAGGAGAGCCGCGGUGAUGUCUUCAUACCACAAGCUUACUACGAACUGAUUCAGAAGAAGACUCAAGAAGCGUCUGGUGCGACUGAGCUCAGGCAGAGACGGGGAAGUUUGCAGCAUAAUCCUCCAAACGUGAAUAAACACAAAGGAGACUCAGAGGAGAAGAAAUCCGCAGAGACUGCCAGACAUUCAGACGACGGCUCAAAGAUCACCAUGGACUUCACACAGUUCGUACUGAUACUGAUGGGUGCAUUCGGAGCCCUUCUUGGAUCAGUUGCCGGAGCUGAAAAUGGAGUUCGGGGGUCUUUCAUUGGAGUAGUCUUUGGCAUCUUUGUAGGGGUUUUAGUUGCACUUUUCAUCAUGUACGUUUAUACUCACUUUUAUUCAAAGCAGACUACACAAAGUGCAUCAUAAGCCACUGAAUCAUAAGGAGCUGCAAAGCUGAUCAGAUGCAUACAGUACAAGUACAAACAGUGCAGAAUACUUAAGUACACAAGACAGUAACUAAUGACACACUGAUGUCUGUGAUGUUUGACAAAUAGAGUGAAUACUGAAUAUGUUUAUGCAAGCAUUCAUUUAGUAGCCCAUGCCUUUUUAAUUCUGGCAUAAAUUUUGGCAUUUUUACAUUUUGGCAGCUUUAUAUGCCUUAUUGUUUUUAAAGAUGUUCAUCUGAAGAAGCUAAA